AAUAAAUAUAGCGUCUGAGGGUUUAUUGGUUGUAUUGCGGUUAUCUCUGCUGUUUGGGAUGCACUGGACUUUAGGACGUAUUGUCUUCCAAGUUCUAAAACCCUUUGAAUUGAACCGAGACGAGGUCAUGCGCCACCUUCAUACUGCCCUCCGCCGCCACUGCCGGCAUCUUCGCCACCCAUCCACCGCCAUUCUAGUCCUCCGCUCCGCCCACUACAAACACCAACCUCCGCCGGCCCCGCCGACUCCUCCAAAACCACCACAAAAGCCGUCGACCUUCACACUCCACGACCAGACCUGGGAAGAUCCCUACAGUUGGAUGUCAAGCCUCAAUGACAAAGUCGCCAUGCGCCACAUGGACGUCUACAUGGAACAAGAAGAGAAGUACACCGAGGCCGUCAUGUCCGACACCGAUCGCAUCCAAUCCAAACUCCAGUCCGAGAUGGCCUCUCGCAUCGCCUCCGACCUCUCCACCCCUCCCAUCCGUUGGGGUCCAUGGUUGUACUAUCGCCGGGUGGAAGAGGGGAAGCAGUAUUCGGUGCUAUGCCGGAGAUUGGCGAGCUUGAAUGAAGAGUUUAUUUCACAUAAAUCUCCAUCUUCCGGAUUCGAUUUUACUUCGGGGAAGAGAAUUGAGCAGAAGCUGCUUGAUUACAAUCAAGAAGCUGAAAGAUUUGGAGGUUAUGCUUAUGAGGAACAAUCUGAGGUCUCUCCCGAUCACCGGUUUCUUGCAUAUACUAUGUACGAUAAGGACAACGAUUACUUUAAAUUAUCUGUUAGGGACUUGAAUUUUGGUUCCUUGUGCAGUAAGCCACAAGCUGAUCGGGUUUCUAAUUUGGCUUGGGCAAAGGGUGGACAGGCAUUGCUUUAUGUUGUCACUGAUCACAAUAAGAGGCCUUUUAGGAUAUAUUGUAGUAUGAUUGGGUCAAAUGAAGAUGGUGUUUUGCUUUUAGAGGAGCCUAAAGAAAAUGUUCAUGUAAACAUAAGACACACUAAGGAUUUUCGGUUUGUGACUGUGAAUAUCUUCUCCACUACAUCUUCGAAGGUGUUUCUGAUAAAUGCAGCUGAUCCUUUGGGUGGCAUGACAUUAGUAUGGGAGUGUGAGGGUCAAGCUCAUUGCAUAAUUGAGCAUCAUCAAGGGUAUCUAUACCUCUUUACAGACGCAAAUAGGGAGGGUCAACCAGUUGAUUAUCAUUAUCUCCUCCGUAGCUCUGUAGAAGCUUCUUCUGGUCCAAGAAAUUGGGAGAGUGUAUUUAUUGAUGACCAAGAUUUGAUUAUUGAGGAUGUAGAUUUCAGUGACAAACACUUGGUACUUAUUGUGAGGGAAGGUCAAAAGUUUAGACUUUGUUCAGUUGCUAUGCCUCUACCUAGUGGGAAGGGAGCAGUUUAUCUCAAAGGGCUUAGUCCCCAUUUUUUACCACUUCCAAAUGACGUAUCUCAAAUUUCACCUGGACCAAAUUAUGACUACUAUUCUUCAAUUAUGCGCUUUACGAUAUCGUCGCCAGUGAUGCCUAAUGCUGUGGUUGAUUAUGACUUGUUAAGCGACAAGUGGAACAUCAUUCAACAGCAAAAUAUGCUUCAUGAAAGAACACGGAUUUUGUAUGGAACAUCAUCUUCUGCUGGCAGUACUGAAAAAUCAUUGAUCUCCAAAAGUUUAGGCUCUGUAAACGAAUUAAACUUUGAAGAUGAUCGCUUGUGGAAUGACCUCUCUGAGUUUUAUGCUUGUGAACAUUUUGAUGUCUCUUCUUAUGAUGGGGUAGUGGUUCCUCUGACUAUUGUAUAUUCACGCAAAAGGAAGGAGGCUCAAGGUCCUGGGUUACUUCACGGUCAUGGAGCUUAUGGUGAAAUACUUGACAAAUGCUGGCGUAGUGAGCUAAAAAGUCUUCUUGAUCGUGGUUGGAUUGUUGCAUAUGCUGAUGUUCGAGGCGGAGGUGGUCGGGGUAAAAGGUGGCAUCAUGACGGCAGAAGCACGAAAAAGCAUAAUUCUAUCAAUGAUUAUAUCUCCUGUGCCAAAUUCCUUGUGGAGAAAGAGAUUGUGCAAGAAAAUAAGCUUGCUGGUUGGGGAUAUAGUGCUGGAGGACUUUUGGUAGCUUCAGCCAUCAAUUCUUGUCCAGAUUUAUUUUGCGCUGCAGUCUUGAAGGUUCCAUUUUUAGAUCCAAGUAACACACUUGUAUAUCCCAUUUUGCCACUUACACCUGUUGACUAUGAAGAAUUUGGGUACCCGGGAGACGUCAAAGAUUUUCAGGCUAUUCGGAAAUAUUGUCCCUAUGAUAAUAUUCAGAAGGAUGUUCUUUAUCCAGCUGUUUUAGUCUCUUCAUCGUUCAAUACACGUUUUGGAGUUUGGGAAGCAGCAAAAUGGGUUGCACGUGUUCGUGAACGGUCUAUUUAUGAUCCUAAACGUCCAAUACUGCUCAAUUUAACAACUGAUAUAGUGGAGGAAAAUAGAUAUUUGCAGUGCAAGGAAUCUGCAUUAGAGACUGCUUUUCUUCUGAAGAUGAUGGAUUCCUAGCAUUUGCUUUUAUGUGGUUCUCCACAAUGGAAGGAAGAUUACGAUCGUGGGAAUGUCAAUCCGUUUGAGAAGUAAUUUUUUAAAAGUUGAUCCUUCAGAAAUCAAUCCACUAUCCACUCAGCUAAAUGAAUCGACUUUUCUAAUUUUCCUGUUCCAUUUAGUGCAAGUCUUCCCCAGAUAAGGAGUUCCCCUGUUGUGGUAUGAGUUAUCUGGCUUUGUAAUGUAUUUUAUUUUUGCUUACCAGCCAACGGAAUGAAUUGGACGAGCUUUUGUUCAUUUAGGUGGGAUUAGAGGGAGUGGUACAUGAAUCUGAGUUCGCGUGGGUUGUUUUCUUUCUUCUGUUGAGAUAUAAGUUUGUUAUCUGUACAUGUCAAUGAAGCUCACUACUUGUAUAAAGAAUUGCAGUUCUUGCCUGGUAGUGCGAUUACUUUUAUUUUUGUCUGGAUUAUGAUAA